AUGAGUAAAGGCAGCAAUAACUGCGACACAUCUCCAGAACAGAAGCGCAAUAAACUCAACGACUUGCUCCAGAAAAGUUACAAGAAAGGAGACAUAGCCUUCAGACACGCAAUUGGGCUAGGCGCAACGGAAAAUGUCAUUCCUGUCUCCCAGCCCUUGACCAGCGGGCCCCCGCGCCCAGUGGAGGUGGGCUGGCACCCCGUGGGCGGGUUGGCGGGCAAGUGGUUUGCAGAGAAGACUGGGCUGGGGAAAUUGAUCACGGACAAGAUCAACGAAUACCCGGAUCCGACGCAGCAUUGGGCGAUGCUGGUGGGUGAGUAUGCGCAUCAGCUGUGGAUGGACGAGAACUUUGACGUCAUCUACACGAAUGCGCGGAUCAAACGAGAGGAGUGGAGGACGUUUCCGGUUGGCGAAACAUGCUUCAAUGACGAUGCGCUGCGGAGAACUGGCGAGGCCGUGAUACAGCAAAUCCGUAGUACACGCCCCGGCUACAAUCUCAUCAGCAACAACUGCCAGACCUACGUCUUACAGCUCCUCGACGCCGUCCGCGUCUCGCAGGUCAAAGAGUUCGCCACGACACUCGCUGUCUACGACCGUCUCUUCGGGGCUGGCAAGGUUUCUGAUCUGUUCGUCGAUGAUGAAGAAGGAAGCGCUGCUCCACAUCUACAGCCCGGAAGUCCAGCAGUAGUUGUAGCUCCGAUAGAAGGUCAGCAGACGGGCGUUAUUGGCGCGACGGCGGACCAAAGCCACAUGCUCUACCACCACCCCGAGGCGCUGCUGCAGCAAGGCGGCCAGGACACCUCUAGCGGACCCACGCAGCAGAACUCAAUCGUGUUUGCGCAACAAGUCAUGAAUGCUAACACAACGCAACUCAACUCGCAUGAUGAGAUGCACAGAGGUGUGCCCGAAAGCACAGAGAGAGGCUUUGAUGAACAGCCGUCCUUAAAAGCUAAGGAAAGAAGUUGGGGCAAGAAGACAAGUGAAAUAUUGGGGAGAUUUAAGAGAUAGACGACUAAUAAUGCUGCAGCUUAGUCUUUAAAUGCUAAGAAGAAGAGAGAUAAUCAUAACGUAAACUACUACUAAGCUAGCUAACUUACUGAGCCGGCUACUUUUCCUUAGCAUAGCUAACUUAACUUAUGUAUCUUUAAUUUAUCGCUAUUAGU